ACAGAAACCGCGGCCAAGAUCCGAGGAAGGACAGACACCAAUGCCAGGCACAAUUUCAGAGUAAGCAGACAAGUAAAAGCGUCUAUUAUGCCGCGGCGAACCUCGCUCUCCUUACUUACCGCGUGGUUCCCAAAUACAAAUUCAUCAACUUGAGUGCAACCUGUCCUAUCAGUAAAGCCGUUGGCGGCUUCGCAGCAGUACUUUAUAUGGAUGUUCGGUUGCGCUCUGCGCACUAUUCCAUGAUGGCGAAGACUACGGAUUCCGUCGUCAUUGACAGUUACCCUGCCGACGAAGAGCAUCCUAUUCUUCGCAAGCGUCUACAGGUCGCGCACAAUCCAAGUUCAUAUGCCCCCUCAAGCAAAUGGUCCAACCGGGAUAUGGAUCCUACUCCGCCUGCCGACCGUACCUGGGGCGCUUGGGACUACUUUGCGUAUUGGAUAUGUGAUGCAUUCUCGAUUUCUAUUUGGGAACAAGGUAGUUCGAUGGUCGCGGUUGGAUUGAACUGGAAGCUCUCCAUUGUGUGUGUGUCCAUGGGAUUUUUUAUGAUCGCCAUCGUCAUAAGUAUCAAUGGUGUCAUUGGAGCAAGACUAGGAAUCCCAUUCCCAGUCAUUAUUCGGUCAUCUUUCGGAUUCUUUUUCGCCUGGUUCGCAAUCAUUUCUCGAUGCAUCCUUGCAAUUUUUUGGCUCGGUAUAGGCGCUGUUACGGGUGGACAAUCGAUGCAGCAAUUGAUUAACGCUAUCUGGCCUUCAUUCCGGAACGUUCCUAAUCACUUGCCAGACAACAUUGGUAUGACCACUGCUGGCAUGUGUGCAUACCUCAUCUAUUUCAUUAUCCAAUUCCCUUUCCUCAUCGUACCAUACACUAAGAUCCGCUGGUUCUUCCGCAUCAAGUCAAUCAUUGCGCCGAUUGCCAUGCUAGCCGUAAUGGGGGCCACCGUUCACUCUGCUGGUGUCUCAGCUGGAAGUACCGCAUUAUUGACCGACGCAAAUCCGCUGCACGGAUCUCUGCUCGCAUGGAGCUUCUUGUCCAAUCUUAAUUCGUGUCUAGGAAGCUACGCUACGCUAGGAGUGAAUAUUCCGGACUUCAGUCGUUAUUCGAAGAGCUCACGAACGCAGUGGUGGCAGGCAUUCCAUAUCCCGGCUAUCUUUACGGUUGUUGCGAUCCUAGGUAUCAUGACCGCAGCUGUUUCUGAGUCGUUAUACGGAGAAGUUAUUUGGAACCCUAACGAGAUCAUAACCAACUGGACUUCUCGCGGGGGGCGUGCAGGCGCGGCCUUUGUUUCAAUCGGUCUUGUAAUUGCGCAGAUUGGGACCAAUGUAUCGGCAAACUCGAUCAGUGCUGCGAAUGACUUGGUGUCUAUCUUCCCAAAUUAUAUUAACAUUCGAAGAGGACAGAUCAUAGCGGCGUUCAUUGGUUGCUGGGCUUUCGUACCAUGGGAAGUUUUGGCCAAGGCAUCAAGCUUUUUGGACUUUAUGUCUGGUUAUACAAUUUGGUUGGGUCCCAUUUCAGCGAUGAUGAUGGCCGACUACUAUAUCAUCAAGAGACGCAAGUUGUCCAUUCCUCAGCUUUACGAUCCGAAAGGAAUAUACUCAUAUGGAAACGUUUAUGGGAUCAAUUGGAGAGCCGCUGUGGCGAUGUUUAUCGGUUUUGUGCCUCCUCUUCCCGGAUUAAUCAACACAAUCAACACGAACAUCACUGUCACUGCUGGCGCUACUCAUCUGUUCGAUAUUGGAUAUCUCUAUUCCUUCUUUACGGCAGGGACUGUCUAUGUUGUCCUGAGCAAGGUUUUUCCGGCGAAGGAGACACUCUGCGAGAUGGACUUUGGUGAAAGGCAUGACCAUGAGAGUGCUCAUUCCGAUGAGAAGAUGGAGGCUUAGAACUUGAUAGAUACAAGCUCCUACGAUUAUUUACAGAUAGUUUGUUUAGAUACUAGAUAUGUAGCUUAGACCUUAGUGCCCAUUAUGAAGCAUGGUAAUUUCGAUAAAGCUCUUAUUCGUUAC